AAUCUUCCCUAAUACACUAUUCAUUACCAAAAUUUGUAGUCCUAGUUUUGUACCCUUCUUAAUAAGACCCUCAAAACCAGGUUGAAGAGUAGUACAAAGUAUAUAUUAUACCUUUCUUAGUAGCCCUCAAAACCCUCUCUUUCUCUUGCGUUUCUCUACACUUCUCUCUCUCUCUCUAAUGGAAGAUGAUGACGAAUUCGGAGAUCUCUACACCGAUGUACUUCAACCCUUAACGGCAUCGUUUCACUCUCAACAACAACAACCCGACCCGACAAACGCCGUCGACCCGACCCGGCCCAAGAUCGAUCUGAACAACAUCAACAGCGAUGACGAAGAGAUCCUAUACGGAGCUCCGAAAUCGAAUUCUACUGCACCGAAUAGUCAAGAGAAGAAAACCCUAGCUUUGCAAUCCGGGUCGGGUUUACCUGGAUUACCCGAAUCGAAUCUGAAUUUUGAUGUUACAGCUGGGAAAAUUGGGGGUUUGAGUGGAAUUAAUGAAUCGGAUACGAAAACUAGGGUUUUGGAGAAGAGUGAUGAUGUGAAAUUUGGGGAAAAAGGUUUUCAAGAUUCGAAUUUCAUGGAUGAAGCUAAUAUUGAUAUUGUAGUUGAAGAAAAUGAUGAUAAAGACGAUAUCUUGAUCGAAAAAGAGGGCGAAAACGAUGAGAAUUUGAUACCUGGGUUGUCGAUUCCGGGCGUUUCGGAUAAUAAAGAUGGUAAUAAUGUUGUUGAGGAUGAUUGGGAUAGUGAUGAUAGUGAGGAUGAUUUACAAAUUGUGUUGAAUGAUAAUACUCAUGGACCAAUGGGUAUGGAUAGAAUAAUGGGUGUUGAAGACGAUGAGGACGAUGAAGAUGGAGAGCCGUUGGUUAUUGUCGCGGAUAACGAUGGUCCCUCGAGCCAUCCUCCAAUGAUGGAGGAUCAAGAAUGGGGUGAGGAAGGUGGUCCCGGUGCUAACGGGGAGAGAAAGGAGAUAGGCGAUGGAUUGAAAGUGAAUGGACCGCCCGGUGGAGUAGCAACGAAAGUUGGGUAUAACAAUCACGCGUAUCAUCAUCCGUAUCAUUCACAGUAUAAGUAUGUAAGACCUGGUGCAGCUCCUAUACCUGGAGCUCCUCCGCCGGGUCCUGGAGGAAUACCUGGUCAAGUCCGUCCUCCUGUCAAUGUAGGCCCUGUUGCUGGACGUGGUAGAGGUGAUUGGCGACCACCAGGAAUGAAAGGUGGCUAUGGGAUGUCCGGUUGGGGAGGCGGUGCGUCUGGGCGUGGCUUUGGGAUUGGGUUGGAAUUCACUCUUCCUUCACACAAGACUAUAUUUGAAGUUGACAUUGAUGGUUUUGAAGAGAAACCUUGGAGACUUCCAGGCAUUGAUGCAACAGAUUUCUUUAACUUUGGUUUGAAUGAGGAUAGCUGGAGGGAUUAUUGCAAGCAGCUGGAACAACUUCGACUCGAGUCAACUAUGCAAGGAAGAAUUCGGGUGUAUGAAAGUGGGAGGACAGAGCAGGAAUAUGAUCCAGAUCUUCCACCAGAACUUGCAGCUGCAGCUGGUAUUCAAGACAUUCCAUCGGAAAAUUUGAAUGGUAAAACUGAUGGAACUUCAAAUGACGUAGCAAGAGGAUCUAUACGCAUGCGACCACACCUACCCACUGGAAGACCGAUACAGGUUGAAACUGGUUCUGGUGAUCGCCUACCAUCAAUUGAUACCCGACCACCACGACAGCGCGACUCAGAUGCAAUUAUUGAAAUUGUAUGCCAGGAUGAUGACCAACACUCAGGGAAUGACAAGAAUGAGGUGCAACUGGGCAAUAAUCCUUCGACAGAGGAUUUUAGAGGUGAUGCAAGAAGAGGACCCCUGCAGGAACAUGUUCAAGAAUCUGAUGGUUUCCAGCAUCCUUAUAAGAGCCACAAGCGAGAGCCCAAUGCUAGGAGAACACAGUUUAUGAAUCCUGCAGGUGAUCAUUUGACCAAAGGGGACGGAGUGGUUCCUUUCUCCUCAGAGGCUCCUGGUCAGUUUGUUUCUGAUUCUGGAGGACAGACUUCUGCGCACGACAGUGAGAAUUGUGGUGUUCAGCAUGAGGAAAGGGGAAAAAAGGGAAGUGUACACGACAGAUCACCUGACAUUUCUCCCAGCAAUAGCAGAGACAGACUCCAAGUUGAUAAUCCGAAGGAAGAAUCAUUUGAAAGUGGUGAUCGUACACACAGUCCUGUCCCUCCUUCUCCCACUGCUGAUAGACAUGCUCAGGAGCAAGAUACGGAAGAUGGAGAUGAUAUCCCUGAUCAAAUUGUUGGAGCAGACACAAAUAGUGAAGUUGACAGAGAGGAAAUGGCGUUGGAUGCAAGAACUGAUAGUGAAGCCAUGAAUGAUGAAUUUCCACAUUCUGCGAAAAAGCAAAAGUUCAGUUCACAACGUGAACAAUCUGAUCCUCAAGAAACUGAUGAUGGAGAAGACUCCAAGGCUGGAAGAAGUAGCGAGAAUAGCAAAGUGCAAUCUGGAAGCAGUAGAGGUUAUCACAAGUCACGGGAUGAUAUUGAGGACGAAGUUGUUCAAGAUGGACGUUCUAUGCGCAUAGAUAAUGCCAAAAAAGCAGUUGCCAGAGACGAGGAUAGAGUCCGAAAGAAAGCCCGCAAUGAGAGAGAAGCAGAAAAACACCCUGUGGUAGUGAAGGGGAGGGAAGAUUCUUAUUCCCGUAAAGGCGUUGACUCUAGUUCAGCCCAUUACAUUGACCGACGAAGGGAACGUGAAUAUUCAGAGGGAGUAUGGCAAAGGAGGGAGGACGAUCUACAGGGGAGGAGAACUAAAGUAGAAGAACCACGAAAGAGGGAGUUUAUUGAUGAAUUUGGGUCCAGGCACCGCAGCAAGGCGAGAGAAUUUGAGGGAAGUGAUAGGGAAGAGCGCCAUUUAUAUAAAAAGCAGCUGGAGAACGUUACUUUAAGGCCUGAUUAUGAUAAGGAUAUGGGAGCAAGGCACAGAGACAGGGAUGAGUUGAAGAGGUAUGAUACCUUGGAUGAUCGCCACAAUAAAAGAAGGAAAGAAGAGUCAAAAUUAAGUAGGGAAUACAUUGACAAGGAAGAAACCUUCCAUCCCCAUGGAGAAAAUUUGGUUCGCAGGAAGAGAGAGAGAGAUGAUACCUCAGAUCACCGAAAGAGAGAUGAGCUGAUGAGACUAAGAGAUGAUGAGCAGCACUAUAUCAGGCACAAAGAAGAUGGAGUGUUUCAGAGGGAGAGGAGUGAUAGACAGCGAGAACGUGAGGAUUGGUAUAGGCUUAAACAGUCCCAUGAAGAGCCACUACCAAAAAGGGAGAGAGAAGAAAUAAGGGGUGGUAUGCGUGCUGGACGUGUUCCGGAAGAGAAAGCUUGGGCCGGUCAAGCUAGAGGGAAAGAUGAGUACAGAAACUCUGAUCAGCAUUCAAAGGAUGUAAGGCAUGCUGACCAUAUUAGAAGGAGGGAUCGUGUUGAAAAUGAAAGUCCUUCGAGGCUGAGGACACGUGAGGAUGAAAGAAGAGCAAGGCAUGAUAGGGUGAGCUCACGUGAAGAUCGUGCUCCCCAUGCUUCUGAUAACUCCAGGGUGAAUGAGAAAAGGCAUAAAGAUUACUUAAAGAAAGGUAAAGAAUUUGAGGGUGAUCAUAACUCCCAGAUGGCUUUGAACACGAUCGAAGACGAACCGAAUGGACAGAGAAAUGAGUUGGUGAGCUCAAAGGGAAAAUUUGUGCAAGGAACCAAUGAGAACAAGAACCACAGGAAUCGCCAACCCUCCAAGAAACAUCAGGAAGCGGCUUCAUCAGAUGACGAGCAGGAGGAUUCCAGGAGGGGACGUUCCAAGUUGGAACGAUGGGCAAGCCACAAGGAUAGAGACUUUGGUAUCGUUGCUAAAUCAUCAGCUUCCUUGAACAUGAAAGAAAACGAUGUACACAAGGGCACCGGUACUUCAUUAGCUAACAAAAAUCAAGAUGAAGCUUUAAAGAUGGUCGAAGACAAUCAACAACCUGCAGCUAACAAUAAAAAUGGAGGGGGCCCUGAGAUUAAUAACGUAGAAACAAAGCCUAUGGAGGAUAAACACUUGGAGACAGUUGAGAAGCUGAAGAAGCGGAGUGAGCGCUUCAAGCUUCCAAUGCCAAGUGAGAAAGAAGCUCCAGUAAGUAAAAAGGUGGAAGCUGAUCCAUUAUCCUCGGUCCAAAGUGAAAUCCGUCCAGAUUCAGAAGUGAAGCCAGAGCGUCCAGCACGGAGGAGGAGAUGGACCAGCAAUUAAAUGAGAGCAUUGAAGGAACAUCUUUGUUGGAUGGCUUAUUUCCUCCUCGUGGAGCUACUGUGUUUUCCAAUAUGCACCAACUUGAGGAGCACGCCUGUACUGCUGUUGUCUAUUCAGAAUCUGAGGUUCGUUUAGACCUCCCAAAGUAGAUUUGGGAAUCUGUAACCAUGUUGAGAUUAUCUAUUUGGCUUUCUUAAUUCUGUAAUACAUGUAUAUACCAGUAAGCAUAACAUCAUAGUGGCCCAUUGUUGGGGUGCCAGCAUUACAUUUUUGGAUAUUAAAUGACAUUGAAUUAUAGUGUAUGAGUAGUAAACACUGUAUUCAAGAACCAUAGUUAGUGACUGUGGCAGGUAACUAUGUCCUCCAUGGUCUCUCUUCCUUGAAGACCACUCUCUGCAAGGACUCUUCUCUGUUUGCUGUCACUUUUUUGGACAAUGAAUGAUGAGACUCCAGGAACCGAAUCCCGGGAUCAACAAGAUGAAGGGGACUUGACAGAGAAGCAACUUUCUGGAGAAUCUGGAAAUAGGAAACAGGGACCUGAAAUUGCCCUUACCCGUGUAGUAUGUAUCGCGAUAAACUGCUUUGUCUCUUGGAAAAUUUAUUUGUUUCGUGGAGCACAAAGUCAGAAUGCGAUUUUUUGUAUGCUGUGUUAGAGGAAAGUAUCUGGAGUUACAGAAAUUCUAACAGAAGA